AUGGCCGACGACAAAGGCGAUCCCAGUCGAUGGAGCCACUCGACCGGCGAAGCGCAGGAGUUUCAGGAGCGCAUCGCGGCUACUCAAUCUACUCGCUCGUCAGCGUAUAGCGGCACCGUAGAGGAGAUAGGCAUCGGCAUAUCUAUCAACCCUAUAGAUGCAUCUCUCGCUAUCUCGUCAGGGGAUAAUACCAAGAAAAAGAGGGAGAAAGCAAAGGCGGUGCGGGAGAGGGUGAAGAAGGAGGCGGCGGAGAAGGAGAAGGCGGAGAAGGAGAAGGCGGAGAAGGAGAAGGCGGAGAAGGAGAAGGCGGAGCGGGAGAAGGCGGAGCGGGAGAGGGAGAACGAGAGGACGGAGUGA